AUGCGUGCACGUGUUCGUAAAAUUUUGCUUGCAGAAAGUAGUCUUUUAGUGCGUCAGCAGAUUUUAAGGUUUUGUAAACAGAAAAGAUUCCAAGUGCAUCCAAUUUGCAAAGAACGCAAAAGCCAUGGAGAGUUCCAUCAUUUACACAGCCGCCUUCUACAAUAUCCUGAGAAAUUUAUGGAGUAUUACCGAAUGAGAAUUGACACAUUUAAUUAUAUCUUGAAUAAUAUAUCCAAACAUAUAGAAAAAAAUACUAGAAAUCAGAAAACACCAAUUGAUGCUGUAGAAAGGCUCGCACUGACCAUAAGGUUUUUAGCAACGGGAAAUUCAUUCCGAUCUUUGGCUUUUUCUUAUCGCAUAGGAAUUGCCACAGUGGCCAAAAUUACUAGAGAAGUAUGUGCCGCCCUUUGGACGUCUCUGGUUUCCAAACAUUUGAAUCGCAAAACAAAUGAAGAAUUUAUAAAAAUAGCAGACGAAUUUUACUCCAAAUGGGGAUUUCCGAAUUGCAUUGGAAGUAUCGACGGCAAACAUAUUCGUUGCAAAAGGCCACCGCAUUCUGGCAGCAUGUUUUUCAACUACAAACACUUUUUUUCCAUCGUUUUACAAGGCGUUGCCUCUGCUGACUACAAGUUUACUGCCAUUGAAGUUGGAGCAUAUGGCAAACAGAGUGAUGGUGGCAUUUUUGAAGCUUCAACAUUACAUAAGCUUAUAGAAACUGGAGAAUAUGAAAUUCCAGAAGAGCGGAAUCUACCAGGCACAGAAAUUGCAGCACCAUUCGUAAUGCUUGGGGAUGAAGCAUAUCCACUCAGAAAAUAUUUAUUGCGCCCAUAUUCUAAAACAAAUUUGAACAAUGACUCUGAACUAUUCAACACAAUGCUAUCUAAAUCCAGAAAAUCCAUUGAAUGUGCUUUUGGUAUUAUUACAAACAAAUGGCGUUUACUAACCAAAUCAAUCGAAACUGAUAUUUAUGGUGCAGAACUAUUUGUUAAAACUAUUUGUUUGUUACACAAUAUUAUAAUUGAUAAAGAGGGAGUUUGUAUGCAAACCUUAAUGCAAGUUCAGCAAACUAUUCCCAUAAAUAUGAAUAGGCAGAGGCAGUAUAACAGAAGCUCUGAAGCUGCUACGACUAUACGAAACAAUUUUAAGGAAUAUUUUGUUCAAAAAAAUGUUAUAUUCACUUAAGUAUAGGUUGUUUAUUACAUAAAAAUAAAAUAAUACUAUUACUUACCUUCCAA